AUGUCAUUUUACAAUAUUAAAAAGUUUGUUUGUGAAACAAGUGGAAAUUCCAAUUUAACUUUUUUUGAAGCUUUGGAGGUAGAACAAGAGGAGUUGGUCAGUAUGCAGAAGCAUUUUCCAGAGCCAGUAAAAGAACCUAUUUUGCGCCAUGUUUCAUUUUCCACUGUUCCCAGGAUAGAUAUGUUAGUUGACCAAGUCUACACAAAGUUCAAAGAUGAUUUUUUUCCGGGCGAUAAAGUUGUAGUCAAACAAGAAUCUGGAAAUAGGGUUCAAGGAAUAAUUAAGGAGAAGGUUGUCUUUAAUUCUAGGAUGGAUUCAGAAGGUGUUAUAAGAUCUCCGUUCAUUAGUUACAGGAUAGCACUUGGAAAAGACAAAGGUGAAAUUGAUAUCGAAAACCCUUCCAAGAUUUACCGGGAGAGGAACAAGUUCACCAAGGCUUAUGUUAAAACAUUCCUUAAGGUGAGUUUGGCUAGAUCUUCUAAAUUAGGUUCACCCUGGGUUAUUCGUGAAGAUAUUGCCAAGAAGUACAAAAUCUCUUUAGAGUGGCCUAGAGAAUUGAAAAAGUUUGAUACUACAGGCUCUAUCAAUAGCAAUAAAAAGAGUUCCAUCUUAAACGAUAGUGCUGAUGGGGAUCAUAGUGAAGAAGCGCUGUCCGAGUCUAAGAACUCAAGUUCUAUCGAUACUGUGAUGAAAUCAACCAGGGGCUUUUCACACACGAUCUUCGAGAAUUUAAAAGAGACCCCCCCUGCAAUAGAUGAACUGUAUCAGAAGUGGUGUCAACAUUGGUAUCAAAUUCUAAAGCGCACAACUGCAUAUUUUGAAGAUUUAAAAUCAGAUGAUCCCGCAAGAGAUAAAGUUUUAAGGCUAUUCAAAUUUACCGGCGUUACAAUAACUGAUAAAUUUGAUCCUAAUAAUACACAUUUUAUAAUCACCACUCGUCAAUUUUCACUUAAGGAGAAUUAUCCGGAAUCUGAUCCAUUUCAUUAUGUGCAGAUCAAGAGAAUCAAGGUUUGGCACUACGAAAAAUGUCAAAGAUUUUUCAAAAGUAUCAAGAUUUCGAAUAGAAGGAUUUAUCAGAUUGCUAAACAGGAGGCUAUUCGAAAGGGUAUCAACUUGAUUGAUUCAAUGGCCGAAAAUGGUAAUAAUUCGGCGUCCUACAUUAGCAUUGCGCCUGCUCCUCAAUCCAAAAGCUCUACCAAUAGUGAGGUAAAGGGACAAAGUAAAUCCAAGGCAUCAACUCCUGUGGGCGAAAAUUCAGCUGACAAAUCACAGAACGAGCAACAACCCGAAAAGAAGUCGCAUAAACCCCAAAUAGUUGACGAUCUACUAUUGCCUCUUCAGGAAAACCUGCAAAGGCCUAGUUGGAAGAAACUCCAAGAUUUUGAGACCCUACCAUUUAAUUAUGAUGAGUGUCCAACAUCCAUGUCUGAUGUAUUUGAAGUAUGGAUGUUUAUCAACAUGUUCCAUGAGGCUUUUAUUAUUGAUACUUUUACCUUUGAUGAUUUUUUAAAUGCCUUACAGUGGAAAGAUUCUAAGAAAAAGUGUCCUUUAUUAUUAGAAAUUUUCUGUAGCUUGCUUUCGGGAAUCAUUAAUAAAGAUGGCCAGUUAGAUGUCACGCUUCCUGUUGAUAUCGAAACGGAAAUCAAGAACAAGGAGAGAGAAUUGAAGCAAAAGAAAAAAACAAUUGAAAAAGAACGUGAGCGGGAAAAGGAAAAGAGAGUCAAAAGGGACCAACUUGUAAAGCUUAAGGAUGGAAGAUCCGGUACAGUGGCUUUGAAUGGAGUACACGAUAAUGGACCAGAAGACAGUGAUAGUGAAAUGAGAAAUGAGAAUGAUGAAGAAGACUAUGAUGAGGAUGAUCAUGAGGGCAAUAAUAAUGAUGCGGAGCACGAUAAUGAUGACAGUGACGAAAGUUAUGCUGAGGACGAAGAUGAAGAAAUCAACCACAACGCAUAUGCUGUUCUCAACUAUAAAAAAAUAUCCUGGCGUGAACGUUGUCAGAAAAGAGAUUUCAAGAAUGGCAAUUGGUUAAUUGUUUUAUUGGGAGUCUUUUCUAUAACAGAAUUUAUUCCGGAAUUCAAGCCGGAGAUUGUUAAGACAUAUGAAAUUUUGUGUCCUAUUGAUGAAAUGCCUACACCCGAUUUGUUAGAAAAACACUUCUUCGAAGAUCUCAAUCCCGUUAGGAGGGUCACCAUUCUAUCAAUCUUGAUGAAUAUUCUUUUGAACGGUAACAUUGUGAGAAAUCACACUGAUUUUGUUGUUGAAAAAGCUGCUUCAUUAAGACGUGAGAAAUUUGAGCUUCAAAAAGAAAUGAAAAAUAAAGUCGAAAGUGCACACAAUGCUAACAAAGACGUACUUGAUACUCUAAGAUCUAUAGACGUCCGUGAAAUCAAACAGCGUAUUGAGGAUCAUGAACUCGAGAUGUUGAAAACUGAAGAUGAAAAAGAAAAAUUUAUAGAAAGUAGAAACAAAGGUGGCAGACCUGUCCAAAACACCCUACCACCAGAGCCAAGUGCGUUAGAAAAAGCGGUUGCUGCAGGCCACCCAGAGUUUUUGGCAAUUCUCAACACCAGAACCAAUUUGAUAAAAGAAGUCGAAGAUAUGAAGAAACAGAAAAAUGAGAUUGAUAAAACCUUAGUCGAAUUAAAUAGCCAAAGAAUUAGAUUCUUGGGUAAGGAUAGGUUUUGGAACAGAUAUUGGUGGUUUGAAAGAAAUGGCUUACCCAAUCUUGGAGGUGGAAAAGAUGAUGACGAUGAUGAAGGGGAGGCAGAAAAUGAUCAUGACGAAGACGAUGAUGCUGAACUGGGUGACAUAAAGACUGAAGCAAAAGGUCACGAAAGCGAUAGUGAAUAUGAUUCAGAAACAUACUUGAUGGGACGUGUAUGGAUCCAAGGUUCAAAUAGCAUUGAUAGCAAACGCCUUAUUGACGGUGACGGCUCCAACUUGAAGAGAAAACGUGAAGAAGAAGGUAGCGACUUUCUCGAAACUGAACUUGACUGGGUAUACAUUGAUGAGGUUGAAGAUUUUGAUCUCUUGAUUGCAUCGUUAAAUGACCGGGGUAUCAGAGAACGGGCAUUGAAAAAGGAACUGAACGAUUGUAAAGACCGUGUUAUCUCUAGCUUCAAAGCACGUAAGAGAUUUUUGAACGGCAACGAAUUGCAAGUUAAGCUGCAUCAAUACAUUGAUGAUCUCAAAAAGGGGAAGGGAACCUCUGAAAAAGUAGAAACUAAACCGGUGAAACAAGAGGAACAAACUUUGGAUGCUGAUAUUGAUGAAUCUGAAUAUAAGUAUGUUCCUAGUGUUAAUUCAGAAAAAGAUUCUGAUAAGGAUGAUGAGCCGGCAACACGCUCAAUGAGGACAAGAAGAAGUGCUAGGCGCAGAAGAGAAGAUGACGGUGAAGAUAUCAAAGAAGUUACUGGUGGGAUUAAUACCCGUAGUAAAAGGCUGCGCAUUGAAACUGUUGAUGGAUACGACGCUAAUGGAAACAUCAAUGAAGGUCCAAAUGGUGAAGAUGGUCGGGAGCUAGAUGUAGUUACCUCGAUGGUAGAUAAGUUUCAGUUUCCUGUCUCUGGAGAUGACAGUAAACUUCGUGAAGGCUUAAUUACGAAAGCUCUUGGAAAGCUCAAAGAUGUCCAACAGACUAUCCGAGAAGAGAACAUGGUCUACUGGGUCAACAGUUCUGCAAUUGAGAAGCUAGGACAUUCACAUUACCAGGGUCCAAAACUUGCUGAAACGAGAAAGGCUGGUCGUGGAAGAACACGAGGAGGACGCACUGGUGCUUCAAAGUUCAGUCGUACCAACAAAAAGAGAGGACAGCACUAG